CGCUGUGGGGAGGCAGCGGCGGCGGCACGAUGCCCCGCGACAACAUGGCCUCCCUGAUCCAGCGGGUGGCCCGGCAGGCCCGCCUCACGUUCCGCCCGCCGGGCGGUAACAACAACAGCGGCGGCGGCGACGGGAGCGGGCCUCGCUUCGCGGAGAACCUGCACCGCCUGCAGCAGCUGCUGAACGAGGUCCGGGCCGAGGACCUGCGCCUGUCCCCGCGGGGCCCGUCGGCGGUGCCGGGCCUGGCUCAGCCUCCCGUGAGCUACAUGCACAUCUGCGAGACGGAGAGCUUCAGCAUGGGCGUGUUCGUGCUGCGCGCCGGCGCCUGCAUCCCUCUGCACGACCACCCGGGCAUGGACGGGCUGCUCAAGGUGCUCUACGGCACGCUGCGCAUCGCCUGCUUCGACGCCCCCGACGGGGGAGCCGGAGGAGCUGGAAGCGCCACCUCCGCGGGGUCGUCGUCGUCGGGGCAGCCCCCUCCUCUUCCUCCUUCCCGGCCGGGCUCCCGCCGGCGCGCCCUGCUCCGCUCGCACCAGCUCUACACGCCCGCCUCGGCGCCGUGCCUGCUGUCGCCGCACACCGACAACCUGCACCAGAUCGACGCCGUGGGCGGGCCCGCCGCCUUCCUCGACAUCCUCGCGCCGCCCUACGACCCGGAGCACGGGCGGGACUGCCACUACUUCCGCCUGCUGGACGGGCAGAGCCUGCCUCCGCCCGCCGCCGACCCUUCGGGUCUGCCCAAGGAGGUGUGGCUGCUCGAGACGCCCCAGGCGGCGGAUUUCUGGUGCGGCGGAGAGCCCUACCCGGGGCCCCAGGUGUCCCCUUGAAGGACGAUCCCCAGACCCGCGAUGCUCCUUGCCUGAUCUGCCCGCCAUCCGGUUUAGACGGAGGGAAGAUGCGAGUCCUUUUCUCGUCCCCAAGGCCCGCCGUGAAGGGAGUGCCCAGCUCGCCCCAGGCCCCUCGACAGACUUGCUUCUGGAGGUGUUGGGGGAGAGCAAAGCCAUAGGAGGAGUCCUGUCCAUUCCCUGGCCAGAGGCCUUUUUUCCCUUCUGAACUUGCAGCUUCCUUCCUUCCUGCAGCUGCACCAGACAAAAUGCCCUGCUUCCAAGAGGGCAUUUAUUGGGAGGUGUCUCGAUUUGUUUUAGGGAGAUAAGUCAGCAUCUGCUGCUACUUCUGGUUCAGUUAUUUCAGAGAGCAUGAAGAACUCAACUCCACUGGCUUAAGGUGGAGGGGCAGAUCUGCAGGCGACAAUAAAUGAAGAGUUAAGGAAGGAAAACAGGUCCCGCACCUACCCCAAACCCACAUUUCAAAUGGUACACAUAGAAGGGUGGAUGUUGCCCUCUCCACCUGCAGGCAAUUCCUAGUAGCACAACAGCCAACUCCUACUUGGCAUACAAACUGAGAACACUUAAGGUGGGCACUGCCUCUUUUCUGGCCAAGAACGUGGCCUGAGCUGCUUUGUUCUGUGUGUUUCUCAGCUGCUUGGAGCGGAGAGGGGAACCAUCAUCCACUCAGGACACAUAUUGUAUUCCACAGCUCUUCCUGCAAGGAAGCUACUACAAAAUCCGGAGCCUUCCUCUCCAUUCUGUGCGUGCAAAGCAGUCAGGUGCCAUUGUAUUUAUUCCUACCAGUUGCUGUGAAGAUAUGGAAGAAUAGGUUUGGUUUUUUAAAAAAACAACUACACUACUAAGCUUAAUUUAGAAAUAAACUUUGGGCUGCAAACCCCCUCUUUUUUCUUUUUCCUUUUGCUACAGCUGAAAAAAAAUAAAAGGCAAUAAGAAUUCUUCCCUGAAGCUUGCUAGUUAACUUUCCCUAUGAAUGGUCCAGUACUUUUCAGUUCCCAUGUCAAUUCAGACCGAUGAGAAUGUUGUCCUGCUCCUCCUCUCCUGGGUGGAUUUGGGAGAAAAAAUGUACCGGUACUGAAAAGCCAAGAAAGAUACUAAAUUGGCUGGAGCAGAGAGCAGUUUGGUAUAUAACGGAAAUUCAGGUUGCAUCCUGUGCAAGGAUGCUGCCAGGUUAGAGAUUAUCCUGUGGGGGAGAAAUAUUGUAUUAAGGAAACAUGAUUUUUAGAUAUUAAAAACUCAGAAUUCCUGAUUAUCUGUUGUGCAAUUCUUUAACAUAAGGUGACACUUUUUUUCCUAGUGGAUUUUGCUGGAAGAUUCAUUCCCAUGUAUCUGGAAGGAUAGCAUUAUAUAACAGAACAACAGAUGGUGUUUUUCGCAAUUGGUGGUAAUAGUCUUAGUUUCUGGCACACGCCUUGUAUAGAAUAGAAUGUUUGGGGGGGUGAGUUGCAGGCAGAUUCUGGCUUGACCACUCUGCUUUUAUGAAAAAAAAUAACGAUCUAUACCUGUGGGUAGACUUGUAGUGAAGUAAUAUACUUGCCCCAUUUAAUAUUUCUAGAGUUAUUUUACAGAACUUUUAUUAAAAGAGGAGGAAACAGAUACCCUCUAUGGAGUUGGUGUUGUGGCUUUUCUUCCCCAUAGCAUGAGUGUCAUUACAGGGUGGGAGGGGGCUUCUUUACUGGAUGCAUAAUGUUUAUACUUCUGGAAAACUAUAUAAUCCUGUUGAACUUAAUAUCAAUUGUCCAACAAGAUCUAGGUCAGGCAUCCCCAAACUGCGGCCCUCCAGAUGUUUUUGCCUACAACUCCCAUGAUCCCUAGCUAACAGGACCAGUGGUCGGGGAAGAUGGGAAUUGUAGUCCAAAACAUCUGGAGGGCCGAAGUUUGGGGAUGCCUGAUCUAGGUUAUACUGGUAUCUUGACUAUCAGUCUAUUUCAGUGAUUCCCAUUCAGCUAAUUACUGAGGACCCCCUAUUUUUCAACAGCCAAGCCAUGGCCCCUUACUUUUGAAAAAUUUGGUAACUCUGUGGUAGCUACCUCUGCAAAGCAAUUUCUUGAACAAAAUGUGGAGUAGCUCCUAUUAAGACUAGGGCUGAGCAAC